AUGGAGAACAACACGACCACUCAGAAUAUCACUUUCACCCUGGCUGCAAAUUUGACUGAAAUGCCUCUGAACCCUCUCGAAGAGCAGGUCAUAACGAUAUUUUUGACGAUGCUCAUCUGUGGAGUUGGAAUCUCUGGAAACAUCAUGGUGGUGUUGGUGGUGCUGCGUACCAAGCACAUGGUGACCCCGACUAACUGCUACCUGGUCAGCCUGGCUAUAGCAGACCUCAUUGUGCUCCUCGCUGCAGGCUUGCCCAAUAUCUCUGACGUUGUAGCCUUCUGGAUAUACGGCUACACAGGAUGUGUGUGCAUCACUUAUCUUCAGUACUUGGGCAUCAACGUGUCGUCCUGCUCCAUAACUGCAUUCACCAUUGAGCGAUACAUUGCUAUUUGUCACUCCAUAAAGGCGCAGUUCAUAUGCACCGUCUCCCGGGCCAAAAGAAUCAUAGCUGGCGUGUGGAUCUUCACCUCGCUCUACUGCAUCAUGUGGUUCUUCUUAGUGGACACAGAUGAGACUGUCUACACCAAUGGCGUGGUGGUCACCUGCGGCUACCGCGUUUCCAGAAGCCUCUACAUGCCGAUCUACUUCCUGGACUUCACUUUGUUCUAUGUAAUUCCCCUCAUUGUGGCCACGGUGCUGUACGGGCUCAUCGCGAGGAUCCUGUUCAUGAGUCCCCUGCCGUCGCAUCUCAGCGAGAGAGCUGGAGGAGGGUCUGUUCACCAGGGGCACUCCAACAACACGGCCAAGGCCAACAGGGGUGCAAUCACAGCACGUAAACAGGUAACAAAGAUGCUGGCUGUGGUGGUGAUCCUCUUCGCCCUGCUCUGGAUGCCUUACCGAACACUGGUGGUGGUCAACUCCUUCAUGGACCCGCCUUACCACAACACCUGGUUCCUGCUCUUCUGCCGGAUGUGCAUCUACACCAACAGCGCCAUCAACCCCAUCAUCUACAACCUCAUGUCUCAGAAGUUCCGCAUUGCCUUCAAAAAUCUCUGCAAGUGCAAAGGCCGGCGCAAGCAGAAGGCGGCUAAGUACAAUGCACCGAUGUAUUACAGCGUGAUGAAGGAUUCGUCCCACGAGAGCACUGAGCCUGUCACAGAGCAGGAGGAUGUGAGCAGCCACACUAACAAGAGGCUCAAUUUAACAGAUGGUGCCACAACCACAUUCAAUAUUGCCUGA